GAAAAUUAUUGAUCCCAUAUACUGUACACGUUGUAACAGUAACACGCAUAUUUCACAAUCCUCAGCAUCGUCUUCAAUUCAACAGUCAAAAUCUGUGAAGUUUCUGGUUUUGAAGCAAUAGUCCCGAAUCCGAUCUUUAUUGUGUUUGGAUCUCUAUAUGUGACUUAUUUGCAAGUAUUCAAUGGCCUUUGUCGUUGUCGUAGAGUAAAUGGAAGGGGUAGUUAUUGCCCCAUUUUUCCAAGUAUAUCAGAUAUUUGCUGGGGAUUAAGUUAAAAGUACUCAAUGGUAAACCCAAAAGUGUCUAGUCGGCCAAAAAUAUGCUACAGGCCUAUACGACCUUCUGACCUUGACAUUCUGGAGCAUAUCCAUGGCAAACUAUUUCCCAUCAGGUAUGAGUCUGCUUUUUUCCAGGAUGUGGUAAAUGGACACGACAUUGUGUCAUGGGGAGCUGUGGAUUCUAAUCGGCCUGAUGGCCAAAGUGAUGAACUCAUUGGAUUUGUAACAGCACGGAUUGUUCUUGCAAAAGAAAGUGAGAUAAUGGAUAUGCUUGGUUAUGACUCCUCCAAAUCAGAUCAAACUUUAGUUUACAUUCUGACGCUGGGAGUAGUGGAAUCAUAUAGAAAUCAUGGAAUAGCUUCUUCUCUGAUUAGGGAGGUCAUAAAAUAUGCUGUAAGUAUUCCAACCUGCCGAGCUGUUUACUUGCAUGUAAUUUCUUACAAUAAGCCAGCAAUCUAUUUGUACAAGAGAAUGUCUUUCAAGUGCGUAAGAAGGCUGCAGGGAUUUUAUUUAAUCAACGGACAACAUUAUGAUUCAUACUUAUUCCUGUACUAUGUUAAUGGGGGACGAUCUCCUUGCUCACCAUUAGAGCUUCUCACUGCAAUAGUAAGCUACUUGAGGAGUGGCAUUAAGUCAGUGGCUGGAAGGCUGUGCAAGAGUGAAGACAGGAAGAUCUCAAGGUGGGCAAAGUGUAAAGAAAGCCAUUCUCUUGUAUCAGCGACACAUAACAAGAGAAACCUGGCAGUCGAGUGUACUGGAUACGAGUGUGUUUAAUUUUUUAUUUUAUUUUUAAAUGUUUCCCGUUUCCUGUAUCAUCCAAUCCCACUCUUGAUUCCUCCUAGAAAGGUUAUAUUGAAACAAAAAAUAAUACUUACUCUAACUACCAUGUCCUAAUAAACGUACACAUUUCCUGUUAGAAGGUAAUAGUGUUUGUGCAAGCAAUGACACUUGUGAUUCGGUUGAUCAUUGU